AUGUCUCUGGAAUUCGCUCGCUAUCAGCCAACUACUCCGCCGGACAUCCCUGUCGAGGAAUACCUGGGGUCUGGCCAUAGUCGCAACGCGUCCACGUCCUCCAUCUACUCUGGCGAGUCAUCCCCGUGGUCCACCGUGACGGGAAACACUAGCCCGAGUACGUCGCCAACCCGCCACCAUCAUGGUCCGGCUCUUCUACCCAAGAUCCGACCCCAGGACGUCGUGAUUGAGCCAGUGUCUGCUGGUGGACCCCUUCGUCACCGCCGGGUCCUGUCGAACACCCGGAACCCUCCUGGGUUUGUUCCUUAUCCACACAGCCGGCCACCGGUCCAGCGACAUGGGAUUGAGGCUGCAGACCACUUGACUUUGGUGUCUCCCAUCUCGCCGGUGCCAAUGACCGGGCAGGGAAGCUACCCAGCCUUAUCGUCUCCGGUGACUAUCACCCCUCCGCAUAAACGCAAGUCGGCCAGGGGCCAUUCUCGCUCGGUAUCUACCUCGAGCAUCGACGAGGCCACUUUGAGUCGGUAUGGGUAUCCUACCUACCGACAAUUGCUCAAAUAUGUGCCGCAGGUGCAGACACAGACCUCUCCAUCCACCCCGGUCACAUCAGCACCCCCAAACAUCGUUGUGCAUCCCUCAUACUCGCAACGACCCGCUGCUCAACAAGCUCCCGUGCACGCGCAGCACCCAUUGGUAGUACCCAUUCCUCCGUACAACUAUCAUCAGGUGUCGAGCGCACAGCAUUCGCCCGUGGCGUUGCUCAGCCCUCAAGAAGAUCUUAAAUCACCAUCCACAAAUCUGCUCUCGUACUUGACGGCACCCACACAAGCAAUUAACCUGGUUCGCAACGUGAGCGUUGUUCCCACGCGUGGCAUGCACGAUUAUUUCUGGUGGGACAUCCGGAAUCUGCGCAGCUGGACAUCUUUUUCGUUCGCGACGUUCGACUCAAUCCACGGACUCACCAAGCUCCUGAAGUUUGAGAUCUUCGGGAGCCUUGCUCCUCCCGCAGCAGUGGCCCCGACGCGUCUGGCGCCAGACUCCGAGCCUGCACUGGUGAAUCUUAUCCGUGAUUUGUAUGCACCGCGGAUCAAUGCUGCCCUGGCGGUUUCGCAGGGCUCAGACCAUCUUCAACUCUAUGCGGCGCCAGACGUGCGCAACACCGGACACAAGAAUCACGGGCACCCGCAUUUUCUGGCCAACUACAUAUCCGACACGGAGCGCACGAGUGCUGGCUUGCCGCGCGGCCGAUUGGUCGGCAUCGUCAAGAGCUUCGACCGCUGGAACUCGGGUAUGCGCAAUGAGGCGCCGCACCGCCGCGUCGAGUAUUUGAAUGGGUUGGCCCACCUGCAGCGGUGCAUGCGCGAGCACUCAUGUCGAUACGGCUUCAUAAUGACGGAGAUCGAGCUCGUAUGUGUGCGUGCCGGCUGCGACGAUGGUGAUGAUGUCCCAUACUUUGGGUACUUGGAAGUUGCCGCCCCGAUCCCAACCAAGACAGCCGGCACUCACCCGCGCGCAGCACGCGAUGGCCUGCCUCUAGCCACCCCCAUCAGUGCCCGGUCGUUCUCCACCUCGUCCUCAUCCUCGUCAUCAUCCUCGUCGUCAUCUUCUUUCUCCCACCAUGACUCACCGGCCCUUGAGCUAGACCCCGCCGACAACAGUCUUGGAACUCCAUUGACCGCAAGCCUGGGGCUGUACUUUCUGCUUAUGCUUUCCAAAUCCGUUCCUUUGCCCGCCCAGCCCUCCGCCCACCUCAACGUUGGCGGGCCUGGCGCGCUCACGCGCCAGCGCAUUCUCGCGGUCCCCAAGGACAAAUGGAUCCCCGAGCCACAGAUCGGAGAGCGUCGCGACGCCAAGCGCGUCCGUGGCUGGGUCUGGCCUCAGGAUGCUUGGCACCGUCGGGAGGGCGGCGGUGUUCCUCGCUCGAAACCGGGUGAGCCCAAGCCGAAGAGGUGGCAUAAAUAA